UCCUGCACAUAAUUAUAGAGAACAAAGUUGAAAACAGCAGACGGUUUUCACGUACUGUAAAUCCACCAUGUUCCAUCUAAGGAAUACCAUUGCCUUCAUUUUAUUGUCUAUCUCCAUUUGUCAGGCUAAAACAGGUGGUCACCGGGCCUCAGGUACAACUACAUCUAAAGUGACGGUACAGCCAUGGUUUAUUGGACUGGCGGCAGUUGUUGGCUUCCUUUUUAUUGUCUUUGUGCUCCUCAUUGCGAAAAGAUUAUUUUCCAAGAAAGAGAAAGAUGAAAGGGAGGAAAAGAAGACAGAGGAUGUUAACUUUUAUGAAAAUCUGGAGGCAGAUGAGGAGACCAAGCAGACCAAUUUUUAAUAAGCACUUCAGCUUUAAACUGCGGCACAAAUCGAUUUAUGGCAUAACUUUGUAAAAAGAAUUCUUAAGGGACUGUGUGUACACACACACACACACGCACGCACACACACUUCAUGUUGGUCUAAACCUGUAUGCUGAUAUUGUUUCUCUGAAAUACAAAAUGAAAAAUGCUCUUUUCAUGUUUGUUAUGCUUCGAAAGUCCUAAUGUGUUUCAAAUUUUUCACAUUUGCAAGUUUUCAAACAACACAAAGGCAAGUAAACAAUGACUCAAUUUUCAUUCUUUUUUAAAUUUAACUUCUCUUUUUAUGUAUUAAAAGAACAUGAGUAAUUUAUUUGAAUGCGACCAUGCUGUGGUUUACUAAUAAACAAUUAGUAAACAAUUGUCAGUUGUAAUUUCUUGAUGUAUUUUGAGUGUUGUUCUCUACAUCGUCCGCUAGAUGGAGCAGUCAAUGCUUGAAACAGAUUGGAUAUCUUGGGUGCAAUCAGAGUACAGCUGUAUACAGAAUAAUUUUUCUUGGCAUUUCCUCAAUGUAAUUUUUACUGCCCCGGUGU